AAAGAUAUCCAGCAGAAAGUAAAAAUAUAAAAACUUAAACUUGUACUGGGAAAGUAAUUUUAUGUUGUCGUCGUGUGCUGCCAUCUCGUGGUAGCAUUUUACAACUUGUUACGAAAUGCCGCUAAUAUUUUCUGCUAGCUAUCUUACAUGUUUGUAUAUGUUUUGAGUUCAUUUUGUAGUUCUUAUUGUGCAAGGUAAUAUUGUAUGACUUAAAAUUGCAUUCAAAUCGCACUCACUUCAUAAUUUACAAAAUACUUACUCCAACAUUGUGGACAGAAAGGGAGUGUAGCGCUCUCUGUUGACAAAUGUGAGAACCUUGUAGCCGACGUUAUAAAGAAAUGCCGCAAGUAAUAUUACUGUUCAGUGGGAAGAGAAAAUCAGGAAAGGACUUCCUUACCACACAUUUACAGAACUUGCUUGCAGACAAAUGUGAAGUUUUAAAAAUAUCUCAUCCUAUAAAGAGUCAUUGGGCCAAGGAGAAGAAUUUGAAUUUGAAUGAAUUGUUGGGAGACAGUGAGUACAAAGAACAAUACCGACUUGAUAUGAUCAACUGGAGCGAAGAGAUGAGAGCUCAAGAUUAUGGAUACUUCUGUAGAAUUGCUUGUCAAGAUGCGACAGACAAGCCAAUAUGGAUUGUAAGUGACAUCAGGCGAAAAACAGACAUCAAAUGGUUUAAAGAAAACUAUGGCAAUAAGACAAGGAACAUAAGAAUAAUGGCUGACGAAGAAACGAGAAAGAAAAGAGGUUUUAUUUUCAAAUCUGGAGUUGAUGAUGUAGCUUCCGAGUGUGAUUUAGAUGAUUUUGUUGACUGGGAUCUUUUGAUAGAUAAUAGUGAGGGGAAACAGAAGUUAGAGGAACAAUUAAGUAGUAUAUUCGGUCUAGUUUCUGGGUUAUGAUGUCGAGUAAAAGCUGCCCUUUAGCCAGCAGUCACUAGGAAAAUGGAUUGGGCGGUAAAAAUGACUUAUAUGAAGUUUUGAUAUUAUUAGCAAUUAGUUUAAUUGGUUUAAUUUAUUUCUUAAAUUAAGGUCACAAGUAAAAUGAGGUUGGUGAAAACUGGUGAUGGUAUUAGUUCAAGUAGAAGUGGCUAAAACUAUUAUUUUGUAUGGUAAUUUGGUUGAAUGAAAUAAUAUGUAGUUACUUUUAGUUAUUCUUUA